AUGUUCAUUUUCCUCCUUAAAUUAUUGAACCCAAAGCAGCAGCACUCUGCUCCAACCGUCACACCUCCUAAAAAGAGGAAGAGGACCUCUGUGGCUCAUCCAGCAGGAGCUCCUGAACACCCCCUGGUCCCGAGGUCUCUGUCUCCCAUCUCCCCUGAAGAGUUGCCUCCAGCCUCCAGUGUGGCCCCUGUCCCCCUGCUCUCCACCUUUCCAGUGCAGCCUGACACUGAGCUGAAGAUCCACAACCGCUCAGUGGAGGAGUAUCAGCUGCUCUAUCAUCGAGUGGUGGACGACAUGCUGAAGUAUGUUUGAAUAGAAAGAUCAAAUCUCUCGCCCUUUAUACGUCUCCAAUAGAUGACUUUUCAUCUCAUGUGUGGUUAUGAUUUCAUUUCUGUUUCUUUUGCUCCUCACAGCUUUAAGGACGGACGUGCUCGUCCCUUCAGCUUCAAGCGGGGAAGGCUGAUCAAACAGAAGCUCUGGGAGCAGCUGGACCGUCCCUCUUUCACGGAGUCAGUUGAUGAGGAUGGACUCGUGCAUGUGGAUGUGUCAUACGGGAAGCGAUUCAAUCCUCCCCAUUACUAUAUUGACACAUCCGACGAACCACAGCCUGAGACUCCUCGUGUCUCAGCCAAUGUAAGGGUUGGCAAAUAAUUUAAAAUGCUUAAACUUUACUAGCAUUUCUAUAGUUCAAUAAGUACAUAAGACACCAGAUCCUUGAGAAGAAGAAAACACUACCCUGAGGUUGGACGUUUUAGUUUGCAUUGUUGUAGUUUUUUAAACCUUAGAGGACAAAUUGAUGCCUUAAGUUCAUAGCAUUGAUCUUGUUUAAUUACGUAACCUUAAAAACUGAAUAUUCAUAAUAUUUCCAGUACACUGAAAUUACAUCCAGAUAGUAAACCAUCCAGACACCAGAAAAGCUGAGGAAUCAGAGACCGAUCAGGCUGUUUAUGCAGCAAAAAACUAUUAAAGUGACGACCUGUGUUACUGAUUCUGACAUGCGUGUAUCCAUGUGUGCGUACAGUGUGUUGGUACGGUUGAUCUACAAGACCAGGCCUCCGGUGACAGACAAAGAGCCUCUGCUCGCCUUGCAGGAAAAAAAGGGCAGCAGAGAGUUCACAGAGGGUGUCCAUGCUGUGGAUCUGAGCAGGUAUGAUAUUAGAUCUUCAUAAACACAAGAAAACAAAAGGGUGCUACAUUUUUUAACAAAAGCCUAAAACAACUACAUGUAGAAUCAGAAGUUCUUUUUGCAGCCUGCUGUGAAAGAGGACCUGUGUUUGUGCAUCUAAUGCUGCCUUCUCUCCUAAAACAUGUCGUAUAAAAGUUUCCUGCUCUCUAACAUCUUCUCUUAUGUUCAUUUUCCUCCUUAAAUUAUUGAACCCAAAGCAGCAGCACUCUGCUCCAACCGUCACACCUCCUAAAAAGAGGAAGAGGACCUCUGUGGCUCAUCCACCAGGAGCUCCUGAACACCCCCUGGUCCCGAGGUCUCUGUCUCCCAUCUCCCCUGAAGAGCUGCCUCCAGCCUCCAGUGUGGCCCCUGUCCCCCGGCUCUCCACCCCUCCAGUGCAGCCUGACACUGAGCUGAAGAUCCACAACCGCUCAGUGGAGGAGUAUCAGCUGCUCUAUCAUCGAGUGGUGGACGACAUGCUGAAGUAUGUUUGAACAGAAAGAUCAAAUCUCUCGCCCUUUAUACGUCUCCAAUAGAUGACUUUUCAUCUUAUGUGUGGUUAUGAUUUCAUUUCUGUUUCUUUUGCUCUUCACAGCUUUGAGAAUGGACGUGCUCGUCCCUUCAGCUUCAAGCGGGGAAGGCUGAUCAAACAGAAGCUCUGGGAGCAGCUGGACCGUCCCUCUUUCACGGAGUCAGUUGAUGAGAAUGGACUCGUGCAUGUGGAUGUGUCAUACGGGGAGCAAUUCAAUCCUCCCCAUUAUUAUAUUGACACUUCCGACGAACCACAGCCUAAGACUCCUCCUGUCAAAAGACAGAGGAAGUUGAACUAAUCAAGACAUCAUAUGAGUUCAACUGUAAAUAUGUAAAUAUGUAAAUAUGUAGUUUUAAGUCUGCAAUCUUUGAGAGGAACACCACAGACCUCCACUUCAGUCUCCACGUCAUGCAACCUCCAGCUUUGUCCUCCACCUUAAAAAUGUCACACAGUUUCAGCCUCACAUCCAACUACCACCUGGCAGAUGCCUCCCCCUGCAAGUGUGAGUAGAGAGCUGAAGCCUGAACCGAACAUGACCAAACACCGGAUAAGACCUCCACUGGUAGAUGCCUCCCCCUUCAAGUUGGGGUAGAGAGCUGAAGCCUGAACCGAAUUUGACCAAACACCGGCUAAGACCUCCGCCAAUUCUGUCAUCUGCAAGAAGUCUGUUCCUUUGCUUCCACCUGCAGAUGGUGCACAGACAGUUGCAGAAGUUACCUCCAUCUACACAAGCCUCUGGAAAGCCCACUGAAAACUGUUGCCCCCGCCUGCAGCCUCAGCCUCUUACUGCAGUUUAAGCCUCCACCUGCAGAUCCAGACAGAGAGCUGCACAGGCCCCCGGUGUCAGAGUCCUCCUGCCUGAACCCUUGUCCUCUGCCCAAAUCUUUUGCUGAAUUCACUGCCAAACAAGCCUCCAACUUCAGUCCUGCUGCUGCUGCCUCCAACCGCAGAGUCUGA